AUGGAGGAAGAACUGCGGUGUCCGGUGUGCAAGCAGCUUUACGCCAGCCCGGUACUGCUGCCCUGCUAUCACGCCCUGUGUCUCGCCUGCGCCCUGGACAUUCAGACCGCCUCCUCAUCGUCGGCAUCCUCAUCCUCGUCCACCGCUUCUUCGUCGUCUUCGGCCGGAUCGUCGGCCGCGGGUACGGCACAUCCACCCUGCCAUCCCGCGAUUGCGGCCGCCCACAUACACCAGCAACACUCGCAACAUUCGUCCUCGUCUGCGGCGAGUACCGGCAGCUCGAGCGCAACCGAAAGUGUGUCCUCCGACCAGGACCAGGCAGACAAGGUGAGCAUCCUGAGCGAGGCCGACUCGGGUGUUAUCUGCUGCACGUCCCGGCCUGGCUCGUACGCCGGCACACCGAACCUACAGGGACUGCUGUUCCCUCCGGCCGGUUCCGGUGGGUCGGUCUACUCGCUCGCCUGUCCCGUCUGCCGGAAGUUGGUGUUUUUCGACGAGCUUGGCGCACGCAAUUUGCCCCUGUACCGGGCGAUGGAGUCGAUUGUGGAUCGGUUCUGCGAGCGGGAAGCACUGCGCUGCCAGAUGUGCGAAACCGAACCACCGAAGGUGGCGACCGUCAUCUGCGAGCAGUGCGAGAUCCGGUAUUGUGAUGCUUGCCGGGAACUGUGCCACCCGGCACGUGGACCACUGGCGAAGCAUAGUCUUACGAAGCCACGGGGUGCUUGCCAGCUGCGAGAGUCGAUCUGCGGUGAGCACACGGAACCGCUAACCAUGUACUGCAUGGGGUGCAAGCUGCCCAUCUGCAAUCAGUGCAUCGGUGACAACCGGCACCAGUCACACGAUCUGCAGUCCAUUACGGCGAUGUGCAAAGCCCAAAAGACUGAAUUAUCUCACAAUCUGCAGCAGCUUUCGGAAAAGGCGCGCUCUACAACCGAAUUCAUCCAAAGACUGAAAGGAAUGAGCGAUAAAGUGACGGAUUCGUGCAUCGAGUUCGAGCGGCUGGUUACGGUACAGUGCGAGGCGCUGAUAGCGGCCAUUAACGCUCGAAGGGACGUCCUGCUCGAUGUAAUUCGAAGCGAUAAGGAAGCCAAAAUACGCACACUGAAGGAUCAACAGGCAAGCUGUACUGGGAAACUUCAGCAAACCACCGGUCUAAUUCAGUUUUGCAUCGAAGCACUAAAGGAAACGGAUAGCGCAGCAUUUUUACAGGUGGGCUCCAUGUUAAUUAACCGCGUCGCCAACACGGACAUGACCUGGCACCAGGAGGUCACAAAUGCGGCCCCACGCGUAUCGCCAAUUAUCGAUCUCACGCUCGACGACUCGUCGGUGAUUCGCGCCAUCGAUAACCUCAACUUCAUACAGAUGAAGCCCGCCAAGGAGGGCGAAGAACGGCUACCGGCAGUGCCCCUAGCACCCGUCAUCAUCCCGGAGGACUGUUCGGCCGAGAAUAACUCCGUAACUGUUGCAUGGCAGGCGCCCAGCCAUUCGUUCGUACAGGGAUAUGUGCUCGAGCUGGACGAUGGGAACGGAGGCGAGUUUCGGGAGGUCUAUUGCGGCAAGGAAACAAUCUGCACCGUCGACGGACUGCACUUCAACUCCAUGUACAACGCACGUGUUAAAGCCUUCAACAACACCGGCGAGGGUGAAUAUUCCGAGCUUAUUGGAUUACAGACGGCAGAAGUUGCUUGGUUCACAUUCGAUUCGGUCCUUAGCGGCGGUCCCUGCUCCGGGCUGAACUUUUCCAACGAAAACCAAACCGUAUCGGCGGACGGCUGGGAGCACCGGGUUGCGCUCGGUUCGGUCGGGUUUUCCCGGGGCGUGCACUACUGGGAGUUCACCAUCGACAAGUACACCGCCGACACAGAUCCGGCAUUUGGCGUGGCGAGGCUAGAUGUGGCCCGCGAUAAGAUGCUUGGCAAAGACGACAAGGGUUUCGCGAUGUACAUCGAUAGGCAGCGGUCCUGGUUCCAGCAUAACAGCGUGCACGAGCGACGCGUCGAGGGCGGCAUUUCGACGGGCAGUACGGUCGGUGUGUUGCUCGACCUCGAACGGCACACGCUUCAUUUCAUCGUCAACGAGAUGCCGCAGGGUUCGGUAGCGUUCCGCGAUCUGUACGGUGUGUUCUAUCCGGCCGUAAGCGUCAACCGUGGCGUGACACUGACCCUGCACACUGGGUUGGAUGCUCCCCGCAUGGACUAUCACUAG